AUGACACGCCCGCUUUUAGACUUCAACAAGGUGAUCAUCUUCGGUGAUUCCAUCACCCAGUUCGCGUACAACUCCUUCCCAACAUUCGAUACCAACGACGUGCACUUUGCGUACGGGUCGGGCAUGACCAAUGCUUACACGCGUAAAAUGGAUGUGGUACAGCGUGGGUACGGCGGCUACAACUCCGAGCACGCGCGUGCCUUGAUUGACCACAUUUUGCCUGAUGCGCCUGAAAGCGAAUACACCAGGCCCGUUUUGAUCACCGUUUUCUUUGGCACUAAUGACGCAGCUGUGAGUGGCCCCCAACACGUAGACAUUGACAGAUAUCUUGAAAACAUGGCCUACAUUGUGGACCGAGCGACCAGCAAGGGGAUCAAGGUCGUGCUCAUCGGCCCGGGCUGGCACAAUCAGGACAGAUGGUACGCGAUAAGACCGGAUGGGAAGGCCGAGGGUAUCUACCGCACCACAGAGGUUAACAAACAGUACUCAGAAGCGUUGGGUGCCUUGGCAAAAGAGAAAAAUGUCGGAUUUGCAGACUUGUGGCAGGAAUUUGACGCUUACGAGAAGGCUAACGGUGAGGGAAGCUUCAGUGAUUUGUUGACAGAUGGGAUUCACUUUACCGGCAAGGGAUACUUAUUAAUGUUCGACGAGGUUAUGAAGGUGAUCAGGGAGACGUAUCCCGAAUUGUACCCAGACAAUAUUCCUUUGAGGUUACCGGAUUGGAAGGAUGUAUGUAUGGAAGAUUUUAAGUAA